AUGUCAAAGAUUGAAGAGAAUGACCCGCGUGUUAAAGCAUACUUAUACGAUAUUGGCUACCAUAGAUGGUCUCGAGUACACGCUACGGUGAACAGAACUUGGACUAUGACAUCAAACAUUGCUGAGUCGUUGAAUGUUGUGAGGGCUUCAACAGACUACAUCCAUACAGUACUAGAUGGUGUGAGGCGCUAUAUUGUUUGUCUUGAAAACAAGAGAUGUAGUUGUGGGCGAUUCCAGUUUAAUGAACUUCCAUGUCCAUAUGCUUUGGCUGCUUUAAGACACAUGGAUGAGUCUUUUGAACAAUAUUGUUCUCUUUAUUAUACAAGGAAGAACCUCUUGCGUACUUAUGAAAUACCAGUAAAUUCCCUGCCUGAUGAAAGCAAAUGGAAUGUGCCACAACAUAUAUCUGAAGAAGUAGUAAAUCCACCUACAGAAGGGAAAAGGCAGCCAGGAAGACCUCAAAAAGAAAGAUACAAAACAUAUGAUGAAAUAAAUUCAAAGAAGUACAAGAUUUCAUGUGGCAACUGCGGAGGAGAAGGGAUAACAGAAUUUGAUGUGUAA